GAUCUUAAGAGCUGGGUCCAGGGGAACCUCACUGCCUGCAGCCGCUCCCUCUUCCUCUUUGACGAGAUGGACAAGCUGGCCCCAGGCCUGAUGGAGGUCCUGCGACCUUUCCUCGGCUCCUCUUGGGUUGUGUUCGGGACCAACUAUCGCAAAGCCAUCUUCAUCUUCAUCAGCAACACUGGUGGUGAGCAGAUCAACCAGGUGGCACUGGAGGCGUGGCGCAGCCGCCGGGACCGUGAGGAGAUCCGCCUACAGGAACUGGAGCUGGUCAUCUCCCAGGCUGUGUUGGACAACCCGCACCAUGGCUUCUGGCGCUCAGGCAUCCUGGAAGAGCAUCUCCUAGACGUGCUGGUGCCUUUCCUCCCACUGCAGCGGCACCAUGUGCGGCACUGCGUGCUCAACGAGCUGGCCCAGCUGGGCCUGGAGCCAAGGGAUGAGGUCGUCCAGGCUGUGCUGGACAGCACCACCUUCUUCCCUGAGGACGAGCAGCUCUUUUCCUCCAAUGGCUGCAAAACUGUGGCUUCCAGGAUUGCCUUCUUCCUCUGA